GCCCUGAAACCCUUGAUGCUAUGCUCUCCUACCGCACGCUGACUGUGAGACAUCCAUCCAAGUGGAUGCUUGUUCCUCUCUUCCUCUUACUGGCUGAACUCAGCUCCAGCUUCCAACCCACCUACCAAUGGAAGGAUGCUGUGACAAAUGAAAAAAUUACUUGCCAGCAGUGCCCGCCAGGGACCUUCGUGGCACAGCACUGCACCAGAGAGAGGCCGACAGUGUGCGAGCCCUGCCCGGAUUUGCACUACACGCAGUACUGGAACUACCUGGAGAAGUGCCGGUACUGUAAUGUCAUCUGCGAGGAGAAGCAGGUAGAAGUGCAGCAGUGCAAUUCCACCCACAACAGAGUAUGUCAGUGCCAGGAGGGCUAUUAUUCAGAAAUGGAGUUCUGCGUCAGACACUCUGAGUGUCCUCCGGGCUCUGGUGUAUUUAAACUGGGUACCCCCUUCGAGAACACCCAGUGUCAUCCCUGCCCCCAGGGAUUCUUCUCGUCCUCCAGCUCCAGCACCAAGCUGUGCGAGGCCCACCAGGACUGCUCGCAGCAGGGGAAGAUAACCAACGUCCAAGGAAAUCAGUACCACGACACGCUCUGCACGUCCUGCAGAAUGGGGAGAGGCAACAGCACGCAGGGACCAGCAGCCCUAGAAGACGAGGACUGUGAGCAGGCCGUGAUAGACUUUGUGGCGUACCAGAACAUCCCCGUGAGAAAGCUGAAGCGCCUGCAGCAGAUCCUCGAGCGCUCGCCGCGGAAGCAGGCGCCGGCGAGCAGGGCAGUCAUCCAGGAGAAGUUCAGGGCUUUCCUCAUCCGCCUGAAAGAGGGUCACUACGAAGUCACCAGGGAGCUGCUGGACGCGCUGCGGGCCACCAAGCUGCACUCGAUCGAGGAGGAGGUCCGGGAGCGCUUCCUCUUGUACUGAGAACAUGAAUCGAACCUCCAGGGUUUGGGAGGGGGUCGGCGUUGUGCGUGUGUGUUUUUGUUUUGUUUUCCACUGGGCCUUCAUUAACUUAUUAAUCUGUCAAAAACUAACUUGAAAUGCACCGCGGAGAAGACGAGCGAUGGGUCAGAGUCGCACCGUGCUCCGCGGCAGCUGCCGUUGGGCCCGGCCUGCGGGCAGGGGUACGUCGCCUCUCUGUCCCUGCCUUGGGUGAACCUCGCUUGGCUGCAAGCAGCAGCGUGUCUGAGCACGGAGCCACCACGUGCCCGCGGAGGCCUGGGCCAACUCGGGGCGCUGGCUGUUUAUUUUCCAGCUCUUAAUACGGGUCAGUAUUUUAUCAGAAGAGAAACACACAAGCAAGGUCAUUUUUCUGGGGAAGGACCCUGUUCCCCCUUUUUAGGCUACUGUGAGGCUUAGUUUUAAACAGUCUUUGGUUUUGGUUUUUUAAUUAUUUAAUAGUAUUUUCUGCAGAGGAUUCACUUGCGUGCGUUUGUCACGUUGGUUUGGAGAUUGGAGCGUGCUGAGAUAGCUUGGGGGUAGGAUGCCCCUAAAGUCACUGGUACAGCUGGCUUUAAAUUUAUGUCUGAGCUGCCUGCUUUUAUACCGUACAUGGAAUCUGUUUUGUAAAGGAAAA